AUGCCUAUUUCAGAAUUGGAAAAGAAACAUACUGGAUUAACUUUCGAGAUCGCCGCCGAGGAAAUGCGGCGCCUCAAAUCUCCGCCGGCCGAACGCGAACAAAUGAAAUUGUACGGAUUGUACAAACAGGCGUUGCAUGGUGAUAUUCCGACCGAGGAUAUUUAUCCGGUUCCUGUUGGCGAUGAAAUUGGAAUGAAGAAGUACGCGGCAUGGAAGGCGCAAAAAGGAAAAACUCGUGAGAAAUGCCGCGAGGAAUAUGUGCGACUCGCCGAGGAAAUGAUCAAGAAAUAUCAUCGAACAAUUAUUCGUACCAAAUGGAACAGCGAAGUCUGGUCGGUCGACUAUUGA